AUGGUAUUAUCUGCUGGACUGACUAAUGAACAAAUCGAAGCAUCAAAAACAUGGGUGUAUGAUUUUUAUAAAGCUUUUGAUUCACUUGAUCUCGAUCGAUGGUUACCAGAAUUUCAUAAGGCUGAUAUAACCUUAAAUCUUGGCAAUUUACCAACAAUGAAAGGUUUAGAAGCAAUGCAUGAACAUUUUGAAAGACAAAAUCCUCAAUUAUUAUCUAUGAGACAUACAAUGAAAAAUAUUGAUGUUUUUGCUGAUCACAUAUAUGCACAAAAUGAAGCUACUUUUAUCGUUAAAAAUGAUCCAGAACAUAAAGAAAUAAAAAUUCAAGCAAUUUGUUUAUUUUGGAAGAAUAUUAAUGAAAAGAAAGCUUCAGCAAUUGAUGUUUAUUUUGAUCCAUCUGCUCUCAUAGAAAGAAUUCAAAUGUUUUUACAAAUUAAUGCAUAA